UCAUUUUAUACUCUUGAUUUUGAACUUGCUGCAGUCUAGUUCCAAUUUCCAUUCGCUCCUUCUUUCAUCUAAAAGCAGUGGUCGAGGUGGACCCUGCUUCUGAAAGAUUAAUCCUCUUUUAUUAGAAACAUCAUCUAUUAAAAUUCAAUAGCAAUAAUGUCUAGUAAUUGGAAUAAUAGCCGUGGUAACGGCGGUUCCAAGUUUGGAGGAGGUGGAAAAUUCAGCAACGGUUCAUCUAAAUUUGGAAACGGUGGGUCGAAAUUUGGUGGAGGCGGCGGCGGUGGCGGAGGUCGAUUCGGUGGUUCAGGUGGCUUUGGAAGUAAAAAAGAUUUUACUGGAGGCCAGAAUAUGCGCCGGCCAAAUUGGGAGACAAUGUCUUUGCAACCAUUCAACAAGGAUUUUUACAACCCACACCCGACAGUGUUGGAAAGAUCUGCUUACGAAGUAGAAUCUUACAGAAAUCAACACGAGAUUACUGUUAGCGGUGUUGAAGUACCGAAUCCGAUCCAGCAUUUUGAAGAAGCUAACUUUCCCGAUUAUGUGUGUCAAGCUAUCAAAGGUCAAGGUUACAAGGAUCCUACUCCGAUUCAAGCUCAAGGUUGGCCUAUUGCCAUGUCGGGGAAGAAUUUGGUCGGCGUAGCUCAAACAGGGUCGGGAAAGACUUUGGCUUACAUUCUGCCUGCCACUGUACAUAUUAACAACCAACCGCCAAUCAGACGCGGUGACGGACCCAUUGCUUUAGUCCUCGCACCAACAAGAGAACUUGCACAACAAAUCCAACAAGUUGCUUCUGAUUUUGGGAAUACGUCAUAUGUUCGCAACACGUGUGUGUUUGGUGGGGCACCGAAGAGAGAGCAAGCCCGUGACUUAGAGAGGGGUGUGGAGAUUGUCAUUGCUACACCUGGUAGACUCAUUGACUUCUUAGAGAAGGGAACUACGAACCUUCAGAGAUGCACAUAUUUAGUUCUUGACGAAGCUGACCGCAUGUUGGACAUGGGAUUUGAGCCACAAAUUAGAAAAAUUAUUGAACAAAUUCGCCCAGACAGGCAGACACUCAUGUGGUCCGCCACAUGGCCUAAAGAGGUUAGAAAACUUGCUGAAGAUUACUUAGGUGAUUAUGUCCAAAUUAAUAUUGGAUCAUUGCAAUUGUCAGCAAAUCACAAUAUACUACAGAUUGUAGAUGUGUGCCAAGAACACGAAAAGGAAAACAAGUUAAAUGUAUUACUUCAAGAAAUUGGACAAAGUCAGGAACCUGGCGCAAAAACUAUUAUCUUUGUUGAGACCAAGAGGAAAGCAGAAAACAUUACCAGGAACAUUAGGCGGUAUGGUUGGCCAGCUGUCUGCAUGCAUGGUGACAAAACACAGCAAGAGCGAGAUGAAGUAUUAUAUCAAUUUAAAGAGGGUCGUGCCAGUAUACUAGUUGCUACAGAUGUUGCUGCUAGAGGACUAGAUGUUGAUGGCAUUAAGUAUGUUAUUAACUUUGAUUACCCAAAUUCCUCUGAGGACUAUAUUCACCGAAUAGGCAGGACAGGCAGAUCAAAAUCAAAAGGCACAUCAUACGCCUUUUUCACACCAUCAAAUUCCCGCCAAGCUAAAGACCUUGUAUCAGUUCUCCAAGAAGCCAAUCAAAUCAUAAGCCCACAGUUACAAUCAAUGGCCGAUCGUUGUGGAGGCGGUGGCGGCGGGUGGAACAGGAGCCGGUUUGGAGGCGGUCGUGGUGGUGGUGGCUCCUUCAAACGCGGAGGCAAUUUCGGAAAAGCUGGAGGACACGGAGGAGCCGGACAUAGACGAUUUAAUGACUAUUAACUUAAAUAUUAUCAAUAUCAUAGGAAAUAAUCUGGAGGCAAUCCUCAUGAGUAUUUGUGUGAAAUAAUGUUAAGAGUAGAAACUAGCUGAAUGAAUGUUGCAGUUAUUUUUAGUUUAAUUCUAUUUAUUGAAUGCACUAGCAACUUGGGCAUCAUACAAGCAUGUAUUAUUAACAUUUCGUUUAUGCUGUGAUAUUUUUUUAUGUACUGUGAUUCUACUUAAAAUAGCAUUGUUAGUUAUUUUCUCAGAGGACUUGCUCUCAAUAAUACUUACAAUAUAAGAUUCAUGUAUUCAUUCGAAUAUUUCAUUAUUGAUGUACAAACAACAUAAGAAUUGUCAUUCCAAUUCCCAAUUUCAGUAACUUGUAAUAGGAAUAUCAUUAAAUUAUAAAAAUAU